UUGACCGCGAAAAGGGUAAGACCCCAAGAAAGGUCACUGGUAUAGUGUGGAUGUUGUGAAAUGUUUGUCUGUUUGAAUGUAGUUGGAGAAUUCUAAAAACACCGGUGUUGUCUGUUUUUAUCUUCAAACAAUUCAUGGCAGCCAGAUAUUUGUCUUUAGUACAAGAGAAAGCUUUUGUAAAUGGCGUGUGGACAGAAGCAAAAUCUGGAACUACAUUUGAUGUAGUAAAUCCGUACAAUCAGUCGGUUGUGGCAAAGGUUCCUGACAUGAGUACUGGUGAUGCAGAAAAAGCAAUUAACUCAGCCUCCGAAGCAUUUAGAACGUGGCAGAAUGUGUCAGCAAAGGAAAGGUCUUCCCUCCUUCGAAAAUGGUACCAAGUUGUUGAUCACAAUAAAGAAGAACUAGCCAAGAUUAUUACAGCAGAGUCAGGAAAGCCAUUGAAAGAAGCUCUAAAUGAAGUGUUAUAUGGUAAUUCAUUUAUUGAAUGGUUUUCUGAAGAAGCAAGACGCAUACAUGGUGAAAUCAUAGAAAGUCCAGUUGGCACCAAGGAAAUAAUGGUGGUAAAACAACCAAUAGGAGUUGUUGGAUUAAUAACACCUUGGAAUUUUCCAAUUGCAAUGGUAACCAGAAAAGCUGGAGCUGCACUUGCUGCUGGCUGCACCUGUGUAGUUAAACCUGCAGAAGAUACGCCACUGACAGCCCUUGCAUUAGCUAAGCUGACGGAGGAUGCAGGCUUCCCAAAAGGGCUUUUCAAUGUUGUUACAUGCAGUCGUGACAAUGCACCAGCUGUUGGAAAAUUAAUAUGUGAAAGUCCAAAAGUAGCCGGAAUAUCAUUCACAGGAUCCACCAAUGUGGGAAAGUUGCUCUACAAACAGUGUGCACAAGGAGUGAAAAGAAUUGGACUUGAACUGGGUGGAAAUGCACCAUUCAUUGUCUUUGACAGUGCUGACAUUCAGAAAGCUGUUGGUGGUGCAAUGGCAUCAAAAUUCAGGAACUGUGGCCAGACGUGUGUCAGUGCAAAUCGUUUCUUAGUGCAAGAAAAUGUAUUUGAUCAAUUUGUGUCAAUGCUGAAGCAAGAGAUGGUACAGCAACUUCGUCUGGGUGACACCACCAAACCAGAAAACAAUCUUGGUCCACUAAUCAACCAGCCUCAACUAGAAAAGGUUGAAUCAAUAGUGAAAGAUGCACUGCAAAAAGGUGCUAACCUUCAUGUGGGUGGUAAUCGUGCCUCUUCAGUUGGGCCAUUAUUUUAUGAACCAACGCUUUUAACUGGUAUUACUCCUGAUAUGAGGUGCUACAAUGAAGAAAUUUUUGGCCCUGUGGUCACUGUAAUAAAAUUCAAAAGUGAGGAAGAAGCCUUGGACAUAGCUAAUAACACAAAUUCAGGACUGGCAGGAUACUUUUACAGUAGUAACAUGGCCCAGGUACGAAGAGUAGCAAAACAGCUGUGUGUUGGUAUGGUUGGAAUAAAUGAGGGCAUUAUUUCAACAGCUGAAGCUCCAUUUGGAGGUGUCAAAGAAUCUGGAAUUGGUCGGGAAGGUUCUCAUCAUGGUAUUGAUGAAUAUACUUUCAUAAAAUAUCUGUGUGUGGGUAAUCUGUGAAAUAUUUUCCCUGUUUUUCUGAAAGAAUUAAUUUUUUCAUUGCCAUUAUCAUGUGUUGCCUGGAAAAACGAAAAAUGAUAUGAGAAAAUUGUAAAAAUAAGGAAAUAUUUUAUUAAUAGCUAUGAGCCUUCUGCUUAAAUUCUGUGUGUUGUUGUUGUUGUUUUUAUUAUUAUUAUUAUUAUUAUUAUUAUUAUUAUUAUUAUUAACAUCAUUAUCACCUGCCCAAGGUGUUACCUGUGCCAAAUAAAUUUAAAAUACAUCCCCUGUUAAAGAGUGCCAUUAUAUAAAAAGCUGCUGUUGUAAACAAUUUUGUUUUUGUAAAUGAGUUAAUUUGUGUUGUACAGCAAUGCCAACUGUAGACUUGGUCAUUACAGAUAAAUGCAACAACUUGAAGCAUUAGAGAGAGAGAGAGAGAGAGAGAGAGAGAGAGAGAGAGAGAGAGAGAGAGGGGGGGGGGGGGGCUAAUUGGAAGAGGGUAACUGAAAUAUUGUGACAUUAUUUUGUGUAAAAUAUGAAAUAGACAAAUGGUGGUGGGAGGAUGAAUUUCUCACCCAAAAGGUAAAAGAAGACUGAAAGCACUAAAUUUUCAUCUUAUGUAAGUAAUUUACAUAAAUGUUGCUGUGUUUUUUAUACUAUUAACAGUAAAAUGCUAUACCAACUGUGUAAAAUUUUAGUUUUUGUCACACAAAGCUGGAUAUUGUGAGAAUGAAGGAGCACACAGAAAAAUUAAUUUGCAAUGAAAUUCUGUUUUAGAUUAUGUCUGAAUAAGCUUAUGACCAAACAGAACUUUUACACUAAAUGAAAUUGAUGAAUUAGAAACAGUAGUUGAUUACUUUCGAUAAAAUAUGCUUUUGCACAUUAUGUUGUGAAUCGGUGCUAACAAAUCAAUAGUAUGAAGUUUUAUUGCAGUUAAUGACUAAUUGUUGUGCUUUUCCCUAUAUAUUCAGUUUGCAGGAAAAAUAUUUUAGUAGUCUCAUACAACUCCAGUAUCUUGCAGACUGAAUUUCAGAAGAAUUAGAGUCUUGUAAAUAAUGUUUUUGUAAUUGUCGUAUAGGUGCAGGCUUUUGCUAUUGUUAUGUUAGAUUGAAAACAGUAAAUCAGGUUAAAAAUGUGUGUGACUAUUAACGUGUGACACAAUUAUUUAACAGCCAGUGAAAUAUAAAAUUCAGCAAUGUCAAAUGCCAUGUACCCAACCAAAUAAUCAUUAUUAUUGUUGUUGUUGUUGUUGUUGUUGUACACUGCUGCAUCGGAAGAAAUCCUGGUGAAUACAGGUGAUGAUUUUCACAUUGCAACAGAAAAUAGUUCCGCAGCUACUUCCAAUGAACAUUGUGAACAGCAGAGGAGAAAUGUAAAUUUGUGUUCUUGUGGGUACGCACCAAUCUGGCCGGAAUCACAGUUAACUUUGUACUGUAAUAAUCGUUAAUCUUCAUAUUCAGUUCUUGUUUUGGGAAGUAAGGUAUUGUUUCAUAUGCAGUAUGGUUCAGAACCCAUCACUCUUCCAUAGCUCAAGUAAUCACUUUAAUGUAAAUGAUGCUAAAUCAAUAUGCCAGUAUGUAAAUUUUUAAUUACUAUCUUUUGUUAACUUGUUCCUGGUGACAGAUUUAGAAAAAUUAAUUAGAAAUGAGCGAUUUGCAAUCAUAAUUUUGUGAAGUGUUAGUUUUGUAAACAGAAUAACUACUUCGUCAUAAACAGCUGACAGGAAUAGGACUUGUACAAAUAACUGGAUAAACUUCAUAACCAAUAAUGGCGACCACUGAAUGUUACAUUUUUUAGAAAAUAAAUAAGUGCAUUACUUUGCAGAUUUGUACUGUAGCACCCAUACAUACGUAUAUUACAUCUCAGUUUGGCACUUCAUAAUGUUUAUACUUAGCUAAUUUUCAUGUUUUGUUGGUUAACAAGCAAACUUUUUGGUAACUUCUUGUAAAACAAUUGAAUGUGCUACGCAAACUAUUUUAGUCUUAGAUUUGUAGCAGUUGGUAUUUCAUUUUGGGUUUUUACAUAGUAACGUAGGUUUCUGCUAGCAGAUUACUUUUGUAAUCAGUUCAUGUGUUUAAAGUUAAUGGUAUGAAUGGAAAAUAAGUAUCAGAAGGUAAGAUACCUUAUGUUAAAAAAAAAAAAAAAAAAAAGGUGGACUUUGCCCAUUUAUUGUGUAUUCGUAUACCUUCCUGGUCGCAGAAUAAUGAAAACCGCAGUUAUCGGGCAAAUCAAAGUCUUAUGUGUCAAUGUGCAGUGUGUACCAAUUUAUAUGGAUCUUGUGAUUCAUUUGUUCUUUUUUACACUAACUAGUUCUUUUAUUGUGUAUCAGCUUCCAGUUGAAAAGAUAUUUAAUUGCUAUUUUGUUUUAACUUUAAAACAGUCUGGUUUUUUAAUCUCAAAUGUAAAUGCCAUGGGUAUUACAUUUUAUUACUGUACAUUCCACUCUUGGAGAAACUAUUUGUAAAAUAUUAAUUACCCAAUUGAGAUGUUUCUUAUGCGCAGUUCAUGUAAUUUGUGCAGCAGUCUUCCACAACAGUCUUCCAUAAACAAUGUCUUCCAUAUCUGUGAUACAUAGUAUCAUGUGUAAGUUUAGUACAUAAAUGUGAUAGUAUAUAUAGCAAGCCAUAUUUUAGUGAGCUUUAAAUAGAGAAAGUGUAUAUUUUUAGUUCAUAUUGUAGUAUUAUAUGUGUUUGUGUAAGUACAACAAUGGCUCAAAAUGAUGAACUGUAGUACUAUUGAAUAGUCAUCCUCAAAGAAACAAUUGACUGAAUCAUUUAUCAUCCUAGCACACAACCUAUUUGUAACUCCCCCCUCAAAAAGACAAUAACAUUGCAUUGAAUAAUAGAGCAGGUUAUUGAGAAAAUAAUGAAUACAGUAUGUUGCAUUAUAUGUGUAUGUUGUUUUUAUAGAGGCUGAUAUAAUGCACAGCAUUACAGAGCAGUAAAGAAAUUUUAAAUUUUCA